GGUCGCCGUGACGCGUCUCAGCUGACAGAGGUUCGCUUCCGGGUUCGCUCGUGUUGUUGUUGCGUCCGCUCUGGGACUCGGGCCGACGAUGGAGCGCUACGGGUCGGACACGGAGGGGGACGACACGCCGCUGCUUCACCGGGGAACCGAGGACAGAGUCCAGAGAGCCCCAGUAUGCUGUUCAUCACGCUACGGCCUGGCGCUGCUCUCCUCUUUUGGCUUCUUUGUGGUCUACUCUUUGCGGGUGAACCUCAGCGUCGCCAUGGUGGACAUGCUCAACAACACCCAUCAGUCCGACACCAACCACAGCAGCUCAGUUUGUCCUGCUCACGCCAACCCUACACGGCCCAAACACAACCACACGGCCAGCGUGUACGACUGGGACUCUGCGACGCAGGGCUGGAUCCUGGGCUCCUUCUUCUACGGAUACAUCCUGACACAGAUCCCCGGAGGAUACCUGGCCGGCCGCUACGGACCCAAGUGGCUGAUGGGCUUUGGAAUCCUGGGAACUGUAGUUUUUACGCUGCUCACCCCGGUGGCUGCCGACCUGGGUGCGAGCUACCUCAUCGCUGUGAGGGUGCUGGAGGGGAUCGGAGAGGGAGUGACGUUUCCUGCCAUGUACACCAUGUGGGCAGCGUGGGCUCCACCGCUGGAGAGGAGCCGCCUGCUCACUAUUUCCUACAUCGGAGCCCAGCUGGGGACGGUGAUCUCUCUUCCUCUGUCGGGUGAAAUCUGCUUCUACCUGGACUGGACCUACGUCUUCUAUGUAUUUGGUGCUGUCGGUGUGGUGUGGUUCGUCUUGUGGGCCUUCCUCGUCUUUGACAGUCCGAACACUCACCCACGGAUUUCAGAGCGGGAGAGAGUCUACAUCACCAGCUCUCUCAAGAACGAGCUGUCCACCUCAGCGGGUCACAUCCCGUGGCGAGCCAUAGUGACGUCCGUACCGCUGUGGGCCAUCGUCGUGGCUCACUUCUCCUACAACUGGACCUUCUACACCCUCCUCACCCUGCUGCCCACCUACAUGAACGACGUUCUGGGAUUCAGCAUCCAGCAGAACGGUUUUCUGUCGGCUCUUCCUUACGUCGGCUGCGCUGUGUUGGCUGUUCUGAGCGGCCAGCUGGCCGAUUACCUGAGAGAAACCUGCCUCUACCGCACCGUCACCGUCAGGAAGGCCUUCUCCCUCGUCGGUAUGAUCGGGCCGGCGGUGUUCAUUGUGGCGGCGGGAUAUACGGGCUGUAACUACACCUUGGCUGUGACCUUCCUCACCAUCUCCUCGGCUCUGGGCGGAGUGUCGGCCUCCGGAUUCAACAUCAACCACCUUGACAUUGCUCCUUCGUACGCUGGUAUCCUCCUGGGAAUCACCAACACCUUUGCCACCAUCCCCGGCAUGGUGGGACCGGUCAUAGCCAGAGCGCUCACCAAACAGAACACCAUAGAGGAGUGGCAGAGCGUUUUCUACAUCGCCGCUGGCAUCAACGUGUUCGGAGCGGUGUUCUACGCGCUGUUCGGAAGAGGAACCGUGCAGCCGUGGGCCGUCCACGCGUCCUACUCCCACCAAAACUGAGGCAGAGGACGACUCGUCUGUUUGAUGAUUCACAUUUGACAGACGGUUUUAUUCAACGGGUAAUCAGGGAGAGAUGUGUUCCAGCUGUGCUGAUAAUUCUCAAAGCGCUGCUAGCGGCUAACAGUGAGUAACAGUCAUAAAACCCUCGAGGGUGCUCCUGAAAUGGACGUAGCAAAUUUAAGCAAAGUGAUUAUUUCUCAGAGGCAAAAAUAAUAAUUGAACAGAGCAAAAAACCACAGAAGAGUCAGAGGAAGUUUGUUAUUAUGAAGCCGAGCACUCUUCUGAAAAAAAGGGAAUGUAGUUAGUUUGAAAGCUGCAGGUUAUUAAAAACCUUAUUGAUCGUAGAGCAUGAACACCACGUUAAAUAAGCUAUGAAAGACAAAUGUACAAAGUUUAGUUCCUUUGUGGUGUUCAGGUCUGACAGUUAGCAGAGAUGGGUGAAUGAUACUGACGUUUGUUUCACUCCUGUGAAGCUCAAUGUUUCGAUAUUUUGAGUUAGAAACGCUUGAAGAACACCAUGUGACUGAUGACGUCCAGAGCUUCAGGAAGAACGUCAUUCAGUUCGCUUAGUUAACUGUGAAACAUGGUGAAACAAGUAGAAGACUCCGCUAGAGGGCAUGUCAGACCCUGCUGCAGUUAAAUGAGGAGUCUGAAGGGAGUCUGGUGCUCAGAAAACACUACGACUUUCAUCCACAGGGACCGUAAAAUCACAAACACAAAGUUCUUUGUAGUGACUUUAAUUAAAAUCAUUCACAUUACGAGUCAAAUUAAAUGUUAAAGUUAAAACACUGGAGCCCACAGAGACUUAAACUUCACCAAUAAGGUUCAUUUUUGGAUUAUGCUUCAAUUAAUUAUUUUACUGUAACAUAUUCCACAAUACCAUCUAGAUUUAUUGCAGCAUUUCUUAUCAAAAGUAUUACAGUUUUAUAUUAUCAAUAAUGAUAACAAAAACACUAUUAUUGCAGAUAUAAAGCUAUUAAAAACAGACAGAUGUCACUGUGUUUGCUGCGUUUGAAGCUCAAAAGCUUCGGAUCGUUUUCACCACGAAUAGAAAGCUGUUUUCACAACAAACGCAAAGUGAAUUUUCGCAUUGCGUGUUUUGCGCUCGACACAUCAUGUAAAUAUGUAGAAAACGCUUCAUCAAUCACAAAUGAAAUAACCACUAUUGCUGCUCUGUACAUGUUGAAAAGUCCCAGAUAAUCCAGUAAACUAAACGCCAUCAUGUCUGAGUCCAAAACAUCAUCCAGUGCAUCUAGCAAUUCACACAUCAGCUUGUUUCCUACAGCUGUAUGAGCACAAAACAAACAUUCCCUGUUGUGAUAAACAGAUAAAAGUGAUGCAGAAAUAACCACAUAAUAAUGGCGAUUUGUUUAAAGUCUGAUUUCAUGCUUUGUCAUGUUUCUCCACAAGACAACAAGCAAACAACUUUUAAAAUAUUAGUUUUUGGUCCGAUCAUUGCUAGACUACGCUAACAUCGUAGCUGCUCCAUCUAAGCAUAAAUUCUGCAACAAUUUGUACCAAUCGCGCUGCGCAUAAAGUUUUCCUUGCUGUUUGGUGUGAACCCAGCAUGCGGCCUCAUUCACCCAUCACUACCAGUUAGCUAACCUGCUAGCCUCAAUAAUUAUUUCUGCCUCCGGAUCACUUCUGCUUUUAAAUAUUAUUAUUUACCCGUGAACCCCUCAGUAAACCCUCUUGAGUUAUCGCCAUAGUAAAAGUCUAAACUCUUAAUUAAGAAGGAUGUUUUCUUUCACUUGUGUGUAAAGUUUGGGAUUAAUCAAAAUCAGCUGCUCUGCGACCCAAAACUAAGUGCCAAUAUUAUUUGUUUUUAAGUGUUUAAAUGGUUUGCUCCCUUUUAAAGAUAUGAUCUAACAAAGGGAAAUGUCAUCCCAAACUAGAUACUCACAUUUGAAAUCAUCUUUUUAAAGAGUUUAAGACGACACAGAACACACAAACACUCGUUUGGGGGGAAAAUGCCUUAAAGUGAAGCCUCUUAAAAAUAAUUUUAAAGCUCUUUGUGUUUCAUGUAAUUGAAACUGGACCAUUUUUUAUCUUGUAUUUACUUGCCAUAAGGUGAUUUUUAUGUGCACAACACUAUGUAUUGUCUUUAUUGUUUGUUUAUCUCCAGUUUAGGUAGCAUACGGUAACGGGUCAUUUUAUUUUCACUGUGUAACACUAAGAAGAUGUUUAACUGUUUCUGAUGAAGGGAAAGAUAAACAAAAAGUGCUUUAUAGAUUUAUUUUACUGACAGGAUUUGCACUUUCUGUGUCGAUUCUCAGGUAUCUUCUGUCUUAUAAGGAUUUAAAGGGAUGUUUGUUUACUUUUUACAGAUCGAUCGGACACAUUGAGGUGUGUGUUCUCAAUUUAUAAGUGUUAACUGAAGUAGAAACAUUUAGAAAUGAUUUCAAAUCGUCUUAUAACAUGAACUCAAACAUGGUCAGUCCAGGAUUCAUUUAGUUACUGCUUUUUAAUUGUUUUAUUAUUACAAUAUAUAGAGAAAAAAACAAUUUUGUAUGAUGAGAAGGUAGUCCUUGUAAAAUGUCUUAAAUCACGAUCAUGUGUUGUAAAUACUUCAUCAUAUACAGCGAUGCUCAAAUCUGAUAUUGUGUCGAGUUAUUAUUUCAUUAUUUAGCCAUCGGACCAUGUGGAGUUCAUUUAUUUCAGUUUGAGUGACGAGAGAAAAUCAAAUUCACCAACAUGUCUGUAACCUCUUUAAUUCACCUGGAUUAUUGAACACUUGUGCAGCUCCUUAUUAGUGAAGUAGUUAUGAAAAGCACACACACAUACUCACACACCAUCCCGUCACAUGACUUGAC